AUUGGUUGGCCCACCCUGGGCCAUUUCGUGGUGCAGUGCGCUUCAUGUUAUUUGCCAAUUAAGAGCUAAACAUGGUCAAGCAAAAGCAUCAUACCGCCCGCAACCAAACUUUCAAGGCCCACAAGAACGGGAUCCGCAAGCCCAAAGACCACCGUUACAAGUCGACCAAGGGCUUGGACCCCAAGUUCUUGCGCAACCAACGUUUCGCCAAGAAGUACAACAAGAAGAACCCUGUUGCUGCUGUCAAGGCGGAGUAAAGAAGUUGGCUUCUGUACCUACCCCGACGCCCUUCCUUCGUUGUAGGACCAGUAUAGUCACGAUGCAGGAUGGUAUGGCGUGUUGUAAUGACAACAGAAUAUGCUUGACCUCUUACCCCCCC